CGGGAUUUUACCUCAGAUCAGGGGAGAGAGUCUAGUCUUUGGUGAGACUGAGGGGGAGUUAAAGUGAGAAAGGGACCUAGUGUGCUCUUCGGAGAACGGAAACUGCAUGCAUGGUGAUCUCCGGCUCUGGGUGAUCCUCAGUCACCAUGAAAGAGUAGGAACUCAGCUCUCCAAGGGAAAUGGCUUGUUUUGUAAUAUCCUUGCCCUGCUACCUGCCGUAUGACUCCAGCUGCCUCUGAAGGGCCUGUCAGCUGUUUAUGGGAACUACUACAGUGUUCGCACUUUUGAGGAUUUAAGCUUUUCCAGGGCAUCACUUUUUUUUUUUUAACCCCACUGUUAAGUCGAAGCAGCAACGCUUUGCGUUAGAGUGGGGAGGCGUCGAGACAAUGGCGAACAACUCGUACAGUGGGGUGAAGAACUCCAUGGUGGAGGCCAACCACGAUGGAGACUUUGGCUGCACGCUCAAAGAACUGCGCUCCUUAAUGGAACUGAGGGGCACGGAGGCGAUAAACAAAAUUGGGGAAACUUACGGGGAUAUUCAAGGACUCUGCAACCGGUUAAAAACAGCACCUAUAGAUGGUCUAAGCGGGCAGCCUGCAGACAUCGAGAAGCGGAAAACAGUGUUUGGGCAAAAUUUAAUACCACCCAAAAAGCCCAAAACUUUCUUACAGUUAGUGUGGGAGGCGCUACAGGAUGUCACACUGAUUAUCCUAGAAGUGGCAGCCAUAGUUUCACUAGGCCUUUCUUUUUAUAAACCUCCAGAUGCCGAAAGAGACCACUGUGGAAAGGCUGCUGGCGGUGCGGAGGAUGAAAAUGAGGCAGAAGCAGGUUGGAUCGAGGGUGCCGCUAUUCUUUUGUCGGUUAUCUGCGUGGUAUUGGUGACAGCAUUCAAUGACUGGAGUAAAGAGAAGCAGUUUAGGGGCCUCCAGAGCCGUAUCGAGCAGGAACAGAAAUUUACUGUUGUCCGUGGAGGACAAGUUAUCCAAAUUCCUGUGGCUGAGAUCGUGGUUGGAGACAUUGCACAAAUAAAAUAUGGUGACCUUUUGCCUGCUGAUGGAAUCCUCAUCCAAGGUAAUGAUCUGAAGAUAGAUGAGAGCUCACUCACGGGGGAGUCGGACCAUGUCAAGAAAACACAAGAAAAAGAUCCUAUGCUGUUAUCAGGCACCCAUGUGAUGGAGGGCUCAGGGAAAAUGGUGGUCACUGCUGUCGGUGUCAAUUCUCAAACUGGAAUUAUCUUCACUUUACUUGGGGGUGGCGAGGAUGAAGACGAUGACGAAGAGAAAAAGGAAAAGGAGGAGAAGAAGAAACAGAGAAAAAACAAAAAGCAGGAUGGAUCAGUGGAAAAUCGUAAGAAAGCUAAAGCACAGGACGGUGCUGCAAUGGAAAUGCAGCCUCUGAACAGUGAUGAGGGAGCUGAUGCAGAGGAGAAGAAGAAGGCCAACCUGCCAAAGAAAGAGAAAUCUGUUCUCCAGGGCAAACUUACCAAACUAGCUGUACAGAUUGGCAAAGCAGGAUUGGUUAUGUCGGCCAUCACCGUUAUCAUCCUCGUGGUGCUGUUUGUAGUAGACACCUUCUGGAUCCAGAAUUUACCCUGGAUCAAGGACUGCACACCCAUUUACAUUCAAUUCUUUGUGAAAUUCUUCAUCAUUGGCGUCACUGUACUGGUGGUGGCAGUUCCUGAAGGCCUCCCGCUUGCUGUAACAAUCUCCCUGGCAUACUCUGUUAAGAAAAUGAUGAAAGACAACAACCUGGUGCGUCACUUGGACGCUUGUGAGACCAUGGGCAACGCUACUGCCAUCUGCUCUGACAAGACUGGAACACUGACCAUGAACCGCAUGACUGUGGUGCAGGCAUACAUUGCUGAAAAACACUUCCGGAAGGUCCCUGAACCGGAGAAUAUCCCCUCCUCCAUUUUAGACAUCUUGAUUCUUGGCAUAGCAGUCAACUGCGCCUACACUACUAAGAUCAUGCCUCCAGAGAAAGAAGGGGGCCUGCCUCGCCAGGUGGGUAACAAGACCGAAUGUGCCUUGCUGGGCUUUACUGCUGACCUGAAGCGUGACUACCAAGCUAUUCGCAACGAGAUCCCCGAAGAGAAACUUUACAAGGUCUACACCUUCAACUCAGUCCGCAAGUCUAUGAGCACUGUGUUGAAGUUGGCUGAUGGCAGCUAUCGUAUGUUCAGCAAAGGGGCCUCAGAAAUUCUCCUAAAAAAGUGCUAUAAAAUCCUGACAGCAAACGGUGAGUCGAAGGUGUUUCGGCCACGGGAUCGAGAUGACAUGGUUAAGAAAGUGAUCGAGCCUAUGGCCUCAGAAGGCCUGAGGACCAUCUGCCUUGCAUACAGAGAUUUCGCUGCCUCUGAGGGUGAGCCUGACUGGGACAACGAAAAUGAUAUCCUCAGUGGACUGACCUGCCUCUGUGUGGUGGGCAUUGAGGACCCCGUUAGACCCGAGGUCCCAGAUGCUAUCAGGAAAUGCCAACGUGCUGGCAUCACAGUGCGGAUGGUGACUGGGGACAACAUCAAUACAGCUCGAGCCAUCGCCACCAAGUGUGGCAUCCUACAGCCUGGAGACGACUUCAUUUGCCUGGAGGGGAAAGAGUUCAACAGAAGGAUACGCAAUGAAAAAGGAGAGAUUGAACAAGAACGCAUUGACAAGAUCUGGCCCAAACUACGAGUACUGGCUCGCUCUUCCCCCACAGACAAACACACUUUAGUCAAAGGUAUUAUUGACAGCACAGUGAUAGAACAGAGACAAGUAGUAGCAGUGACAGGAGAUGGUACAAAUGAUGGUCCUGCAUUGAAGAAAGCUGAUGUUGGCUUUGCUAUGGGUAUUGCCGGCACAGACGUGGCCAAGGAGGCAUCUGACAUCAUUCUGACUGACGACAACUUUUCCAGCAUAGUCAAAGCCGUCAUGUGGGGACGCAACGUCUACGACAGCAUCUCCAAGUUCCUUCAGUUUCAGCUAACUGUCAAUGUGGUGGCUGUCAUCGUAGCAUUUACGGGAGCCUGCAUCACACAGGACUCUCCACUGAAAGCUGUGCAGAUGUUAUGGGUCAACCUGAUCAUGGACACUUUUGCUUCACUAGCCCUGGCCACAGAGCCCCCCACAGAAGCCCUGCUGCUAAGGAAGCCAUAUGGCCGCAACAAGCCUCUCAUUUCUCGCACAAUGAUGAAGAACAUCCUGGGCCAGGGAGUGUACCAGCUAAUCAUCAUCUUCACGCUGCUCUUUGCCGGGGAGAAAUUGUUUGACAUUGACAGCGGAAGGAAUACACCCCUCCACGCCCCGCCUUCUGAACACUACACCAUUGUCUUCAAUACUUUUGUACUGAUGCAGCUUUUCAACGAGAUCAAUGCCCGCAAGAUCCAUGGUGAAAGGAAUGUCUUUGAAGGCAUCUUCAACAACCUUAUCUUCUGUAGUAUUGUCUUUGGUACCUUCAUUAUCCAGAUCGUCAUAGUGCAGUUUGGCGGGAAGCCUUUCAGCUGCGUCGCUCUGACCAUUGACCAGUGGCUGUGGUGCACUUUCUUAGGUUUUGGCUCUCUACUAUGGGGACAGGUAAUCUCUUCGAUACCCACCAGCCGCUUAAAAUUCUUGAAAACGGCGGGCCAUGGCACCCAGAAAGAGGAGAUCCCAGAUGAGGAGCUGGAGGAGCUGGAGGACAUGGAUGAGAUUGACCACGCCGAGCGGGAGCUCCGUCGCGGCCAGAUCCUCUGGUUCCGAGGCCUCAAUCGCAUUCAGACUCAGAUCCGGGUGGUGAAUGCAUUCCGCAGCUCCAUCUCCCUCUAUGAGGGGCUGGAGAAACCCGAGUCGCGAACAUCGAUCCACAACUUCAUGACCCACCCAGAAUUUCGGAUAGAGGACUCUGAGCCCCAUAUCCCCCUCAUAGACGACACCGACGCAGAGGACGACGCUCCCACCAAGCGCAAUUCCGCCAGCCCCCGCAACGCCACGCCCACGCCGCCCUCGCCCGCCACGGCCGCCCCAACCACGCCGGUCUCUCCCUCACCAAACCAGAACAAUAAUGCUGUGGAGAGCAGUAACCACCUCCUCCCAGAGGGCACCAAAUCAGGAACCCCAUCGGCCCCGGGGAGCCCCCUACACAGCCUGGAGACCUCCCUUUGAUCUGACCCCCCCCUCACCCCGCCCUCCACGCCCACCCCUCCACGCCGCACGUUACCACCAGUUUUCUACCCGCCACCAAGGAGCUCAACUCAGAUAAAAGAAGGAACACUUGGAGAGGAAGGGCUUAGAGGGAGAGCGGAGUCUUCUGUGAGCUUAGCUUGGGCUGGACUAAAAGAACAGCAAACAUUCAGAGGAAUGUACGGCUUGGUGUGGAUGCUUUGGUCUUCUUUAUUUUUGGUUCUUAUUAAUACCCCGCUGCAACACAAGGACUCUGUCUCCACCCCCUCCCCCCCACCUACCCCCCUUGGUAACUUUUGUUUUUCUCGGUAAACAAGGGGUGAUUAUAAACUCAGAUUGAAAGUGACCUGUUUUUAUUAUUCUAUUAUUAUUAUUAUUUUAAUUGAGAAGGGGAGGUCCUCCUCCUGGCUUGAAGAUCGUCUGUAAGAAUUAUGAAAGAACCUUUUAGCUUCUCUUUUAUCUGAAUGGUGUUGUAUAUUUAUCUCUUUGGCCCUUGCUCAUUCAAAUCUUUAUUUCUGCUCCAUUGGCUGUUAAUAUUUUGAGUUAUUUAUGUUUUUGGAAAAAGCAGGUCUGUUUACAAAGUUUGUAGAUACUUUUUUUCUGUUUGUAGGCAAAAGAGCUUCCUGAUGUAUGAUGCAGAAAACUGGGACAGAAUAAAAAAUGAAUGAGAGGAUUAUUUCAGAUACUGCUGUAUUUUCAGGAAAAAAAGGGUGUUUUUAUAUUGAAACUUAACUAUUUUUGCCUGCAAGUUUUAUUUGUUAUAUAUUUGUAGAUAAAUAUAGAAACUUCUAGCCAAACCGAUAAACACUAAGGCUUGUAUAGAAAAGAGGUCCACUGCGCGAGGUGUUUUUCACAGGAGAGGGGGACGGGAAAGACAAUUCGGGCCUCUGUCCACUAACAUUGCUAUAAAUAUUUACUUCUUCCAUUUCUUGAUAGUUUUCAUGUGCACAAAACCUUCUGGACUUCUGGAUUCUCUUUUCAUUCAUUAUGUUGUGUUCAAGGAUUUCCACAUGUUGAAAGGUUCACUCAUUAAAGGGAGUUUAGAGUAUAUCUGGGCCCGUAUUUAGCAAGCAUCUCAGAAUCACUCCUAGAAUCGCGCUGAACGUUUUGACAAGGGAAAAAAAAAAAAAGUCUUACCUCAGAGUCGGACAUGGGGUGCUUUUGAAGUCACCUUCAGCAGGAAGUACAAGUUUUAGAUUUGUGGCUUUACGACACUUGGGAUCUGUUUUAAUGAAAAAGUCUUCUUGUGGUUGUUAUUAGUUAGAGCACAUUCGGAAGAGGGUGAUAGAGAUCAUUUGAUGCAGGAAUAAGAAACUAGCUUCACUUGUGGGUGUAUGACAAGCUAAUUUAUGCAUGUUGAGGCUAAAAAUUUGUUUUUGCCAAAACUCAUAAAAGCACUAAAAAUGACUUGCACACAAAUUACAAUUCACCUGCUCUUUUUUUUUUCUUUUUUUUUUUUUUACUACCACUUGAGUUCAAAUAAGCGCUGUAUUGUGAGCUAUUCAGCCAGUGCGCCUAUUUAUUUUUUAAUCAGAAGUUCAUAUAAUAGACUAAACAUGAAUGUGCCUUGGCUACAGUAAUAAUUUAGACGAUGCUUUCUCCCGUCAUUUGCCACCUCCUGGGAACUCCUUACAGAUAAAACACUGUUACUCCUACAGCUAAAAGUAGGAAAAAUUAUGCCUCAUUCUUAAAAUUCUCAGCCACUUAGGACUAAUUUCCUCCCUAUGGAUGCUUGAUAAAUAUGGACCCUGGUCAUCCUUUUUUUUUUAAAAAAAAAAUUGGUGCAUUUUGUUUCUAUUUUUGUUUUUCUCAGCAAAACAUCAGCCCCUGCUUAUGUACAAUAUCGACAUUUGUUUACUCAGGCAUAGAAAAAGUAUUUAAUUUAAAGGGAGUCUAUAAAGAAAGAACCUUUUAACUUCAAACUUUGUGUAUUUAGGUAGAGUAAAACAUUGUCUUGGUCAAAAGCAAGUGAAUUAUUUUCAUAUUUUCAUUCAGUCUUUAAGAUCAUGCUUUAGAAAAACUUCAUUUCACUCCUCCGAGUUCUGGUUUGUUGACAUUUUAAGAAUCAAAAAACCGUGGAGAAAAAAAAAAAAAGGCUUAUUUUUUCUUCGACCCUGUCCAUAAGUCUCCUUUCACCAUGAAUAAAUGUUGCUGCAGUUGAUUUGUUUGUAAAAUAUUUUUGACACCUGAUGUACUGGAAACGCUAAAGAAUUGGACAUGUGCAUUUUUCAAGAAUAAAGACUAGGCAUACACUGGUA